AGGCCCGUAACAAAGGUGAACACGCAGAUCGGCGGGAUUUCUGCCAGCACCCCGUCAGCCGACGUCAGCCUCCGGAUAGCGAGCACUUGCAAAAGCGACUCGCUCCGGUUAUCGCUUCGUCGCCCAUACAUACGCCCAAUUAUUGCACCGCCGUCUGUCAGCGAGCGGGUCAGGCCUCGUCGUCUUCGAACGGAGUGUCUGGUUGUGCGAGACGGGCGGGCGUCACUCAUCGGCAGCGUGAUCGCCGUAGCAGCGGCGGUGACUGCUUGCGCGGAAACGCUACGCCGACGUGGUGACCUACUACCGCUGCUCUCCGACCGGCCGGACUUCCUGGAAGGGGCUCGAACAGAGUCGCGGACCGGCACCGUCUUGUCUCCCUUCCUUCGACCUUCCAAUGCCUCACGGCCAUGGAUGAGAGAGGGGGGCGCCCUCUGCCUCUUCCGUAGACAGGUGAGGAUGCGCCUGUCCUCCAAGGAGACCCUUAGUGGCGUGCACCUCAGCAGCCCGGGAAUUCGUCACACUCGCGUCGCCGUCGACGUUGAACGAACCGCCCAGCGACAUCGACUACGAGGCGCACGGUAGCAGCGCGCCUUCACGAUGUCCGAGUCGUCCGAAACCAAGCAGCAGCUAAGCCACAAGCACAAGGCCGCCGUACAGUUCUCCUCGGGCGCCAUCGCGGGUUUCAUCGAGGUGUGCGUGAACCACCCUCUGGACGUGGUCAAGACGCGCCUGCAGAUGCAGUCGGCGGACGACCCGAACCGGUACAAGUCGAUCGCCGACUGCUUCCGGCGUAUGACCAAGGCCGAGGGCGUGCUCUCCAUCUACAAGGGCAUCGUGCCCGUGCUCGUGGUCGAGACCCCAAAGAUGGCGUUGCGGUUCCUCGUGUACGAGCAGACGAAGCGCCUACUCUCGCCCCACUUGUCGCUGGUGCCCAACAACCUCGUCUCGGGUUUCCUGGCGGGCGCCAUAGAGGGAAUCGCCGUUAACCCAUUCGAGGUUGUUAAGGUCCGGUUGCAGACUGACCGAACUCUAGUGGCGGCGCAGCCUAGCGCCUACUCGCUGGCGCGACAAAUCUACCGCAAGAACGGCUUAGGUGGGGAGGGGCUCAGCCUGGGCCUCACCUCCAAUAUUUUCCGGCACGGUGUCUUCGUCAUGUUCUACUUCACGAUCUACGCCAAACUCAAGGAAGCUGCACCAGAGUUUAAGAACCGGCAUCAGCAAAACCUCUACACGGUUGGCACUGGCCUGUUCAGCGGUUGCGUCAGCACGGUGUUCAACAUUCCCUGGGACGUGGUCAAGAGCCGCAUCCAAGGGCUGCAGCCCGUACCCGGUGAAGCGAAGUACAAGACGUGCUGGCAGAGCUUCAAGCUCGUCUACCGCGAGGAAGGCUUCCUGGCACUGUACAAGGGCCUCGCGCCGAAGAUGUUGCGUCUUGGAACGGGACAUGCGCUCAUCAUAGUCCUCUAUGAGCACAUCGUCGAAGUACUCGAGGCCAUGGCACAAGAGAGUGUACGUAUACAGUUGAUUAUCAUCAUCACCGUCACCAUUGCUUCCGCCACGGCCAUUGCCGCUUCACUCGCCCCCUUCCCCCACCUAAUAGCCAGAUACUACCGUGAGAGUCAGCGCUUUGUUGGGGACAGUACGAUGGCUUCGACGAAGACGAUUCUUUGUCCUCCGAAAGGUGGGCGCAGCAGCGUUACCACCACAAGCAGCAGCACCAUGUCGGAGCGCUCGGGCGUCCGGAAGCUGGCGCAAGAAGCCGCCAUCCAGAUCGCGUCGGGCGGUUCGGCGGGCUUCGUCGAGAUCUGCCUGAUGCACCCGCUGGACGUGGUCAAGACCCGCUUCCAGGUGCAGCACAACCAGCUGCUCGCCGCUGCCGGAGAGCAUCGCUACACCUCGAUCGCCGACUGCUUCCGGCGCAUGGUCCGCUCUGAGGGAUACCUGGCCAUCUACAAGGGAAUCUUGCCACCGAUCCUGGCCGAAACGCCCAAGCGAGCCGUCAAGUUCUUCACCUUCGAACAAUACAAGAAGAUGUUCGCGUUCGGCGGCCCUCAGACGGCCAUCACCCUCUCUUUAGCCGGACUAUUCGCAGGUCUCACCGAAGCUGUGUUCGUGAACCCGUUCGAAGUGGUCAAGGUGCGGCUGCAGACCGACAAGCGGGUCGUUACGAUGCAGCCAAGCACGUUCGCCGUAGCCAGACAGAUAUACCGUGAGGCAGGGUUUGGCCUUCGGGGCCUGAACCUCGGGCUCACCUCGACCAUGAGUCGAAACGGACUGUUCAACAUGUUCUACUUUGGCUUUUACUUCACAGUCAAGGACAAGCUGCCAAAGUUGGAAAGCGAGGCGGCUACCUUCGCCAUGCGACUGGCAACAGGGUUCGUGGCUGGCACGGGCGCUUCCAUGAUGAACAUACCGUUCGACGUGGCCAAGAGCCGCAUCCAGAGCCCGCAGCCCGGGCCGCCUGGCACGAUCAAGUACAGGACUUGCCUGCAGAGCGUGCGCACCGUGUACAUGGAGGAAGGUUUCUUUGCGCUCUACAAAGGCCUCGUGCCCAAGGUCCUCCGGCUUGGUCCCGGUGGCGCCGUCAUGUUGGUCGUGUACGAGCACAUGCACGAAUUCCUCAAGAAAAAGUUUCCUGGUUGAUAAUGUCAGAAGCACAUUCUAGAGCCGCAAGAAAUAAUUCAAAGAAGAAUGAAGGUGUGUUUGUUUGCCUCUGAACGCUGGUUUCUCUUUGAGAAGAUUGUCCGGUAAUCACAGCACCCUGCAUCGCACCAUUUGUUCAAAAUUGUUUUUCCAAAGAAACCGGACGCAAUGCCAGUGUGCUUUUGUGAACGCCUCACAAAACCAGUGCGCUUUCGCGAGCGGCUCACAGAAGCUCCUGGCACAUGGCAAGCGGUGUUCGGCGUCUACAAGGCUUUGCGUUUGGGGCAACAAAGCCUCAAUACAUAGAAAGAUAAUUGUGCCUCGAUUGUACUUCACGCCUGAAGCGAUACCGGCCUCUCCGCCAGUGGCGUUGCGUAAAACAUUCACACUAAUGAAAAACAUUAAAAGUUCCGGGAAAUGUAAAAAAUGAAUGUAUAAAAACAUUAUUUAAAGCGUCUCAUUUCGUGCCGCUGUACAACGCUCUACAAUUUCAAUGCUGAAAUGGGAGCACACUGCUUUCAAUGUAUUCGGUGCGGCUUACGUUCGUGUGCCUUGCAGCGGCUGGUUCUUCGCACUAUUUCCAAAAGCCCGCACACCCCUUCGCACCACGAACGUUCGUCGAGCGCUUAAAUUGCCGCGUUUUGUUCUUUGAAAACUUUACAUAUAAGAAACGACAAUUCAAUUGAGGGAUAACAUUAUGCAUGGAAAGGUUAAGGUAUUUAAAGCGGAUUUACGUUGAUGCAGUUCUCUGUCAUUUCUCGUGAGGAAUAACUUGCUACCGUACUCGCCUCUUCAACAAAGUGCCGCUGUUAAGGUUAUGAAUGAUGUGACAAUUAUCGACUGAGGCGGCAUGUGAUGCGCUUCUGCAUACUCGAAAGGCCGACUAACUUAGACGCACAUCUGAAUACGCAGGUCGCUACAAUAGUGUAAUUUUGGUGACUGAGCAAAUUAUUUGGCAUCCAGUAUUGCUCUCAUGAGUGUUGCGGGAACCACUUCUGUAGAAGCACAUAUGCUUCUACAGAGGUGUCGCGUCUUAGCAUCUUGCUUCAUUGGGAAGUUUGAGAAGUUCGUGUGCUAUAGCCUUCCUUGAAGUUGUGCACAUUUUAUGGUAUAGUCGCAAUGACGUAUCGCUGGGAGGCUUUUAAAAAGUUAUUAUUCCGAGUGAACUCACCCGCUCGGGCAAGUUCUCAUCCGGCCGAGCAGCCAGCUGCGCUGUUUCCAGCACAACCCGUGCUUUCCUUUUUUUUGUGUGUGUUGUACCCUUGAAAUGAAGUAUGCCCGUGAAUUAGCAAUUUCCUUCUCUUAAUCCUUUUUUUUUCUGAGCGACUUCAUCCGGGAAUGUUUUGUGUUGCCUUGUGAUCCUCAGCCAGUGCUUGAAGAGCAUGACUUGCACUUCUAUGCACGUGGGGCUCGCUGUUAGCUCUUAUGCCGCGCUGUUCCAGUGUUAGCAAGCCACAUUUGUUUUGCGACCAGUACCCGACCAAAGAACAACAAAACUUAGUAAAGCUGGUGGCUUACUCACGUCAUACGUGAUACUGCUUCCCUCUUGUGUAUAAUACCCGGUAAAGUUUAUUCCUGGUG